UGGACAGAAUGAGACCAAGAAACCAACCUCAGACACACAAGAGGAGAAGGUUGUCAAUGGAACAUGGAAGAAGAACAGACUCAUCCAGAGAGAGAGGCCAGCUGGCAGUGAGUCACCUGUACAGGUAAACUACCACAACCACAACACAAAAAGCUAUCAUGGUUUCCCACAUAGAGGCUUUUGAAAGGGAAAGUUACAGAAUGUUAUGGUGAGAAUAUGGGAAGUAACUUCCUGAAUUUGUGGUCAACUCUGCUAUUGGUGUGUGAAACACAAAUAUUCAAGCUAUGCACUGUAUAUAAACAAGAACAUUAGAACCUUUUGUACUAUACUUGAUAUAACCUAUCCUCAGAUAAUUCCAAGCAUUGAUUAUGUCGAUAUGUAGUAUUGGGUACAACCCUCUGCCUCUGGUUGAAACAGAGGUCACAUGGACCUGUGUGCACAACCUGGUCUAUCAUACUAAUUUGAGUGUCCUGGAUUUAUCGUCAAAGGAAAACAGAUUCACCUUUCAUGGUUUAUAUUGGAAUCUGUGGCAUAGUAGGACAGGCCAUUGUUUUGGCUCCUCUAUUGUUGAAUAAUGUAGGGUGGAUAAAUGCGAGCUGGCUGCCUGUCUGAUCAUAACAAUGGAAACAUAUUGCUUCUUCACACAGUAAGACUUAUUUAUUAUGAGACUUUGAUAAGAUUCUGUAUCUGUGUCACUCAGUGGAUUCCUCUCAUUAUUGUAUGUUACUGUAAGAUAACAUGAAGGUGCUAGAGCCACUUCCUGAUACUGCUGAGCUACAAAGGACCUGUGUCAGUGUGCACCUGUGCUCCUUGAGAGCCCUGUUGGAGAGGAACAAAAGCAGAGAGACAGCGGGAGCUCAUAUACUGGGUUGCAGAAACAUGACACCCUCACUGCACCCUGUUUCCAUCCCUGCUUCCCAACCUCCAGAUUCAAGUGCUCAGCAGCUAUACUUGAAAUACCUGGGCAUGCGCAACAGCUCAGAGCAGCGACCAAUGGGGAGCUAGAGACGUCGCUGCAGCGGCAGCACGGGCCCAAGGUGUACGGUGUGUUGCAGAGGACAGGCUCGGACAGACAGCAGGAAGUGAUGGCGUGCGAGUGGUCUGUCAAUCACCUGAGGGAUGAGAUGAGGUACAUCAAGGAGGUGCGAGAUUCCCUGGAGAAGGUCAGCGAGCGGAUGUACGGCCAGGUUGGAGGAAUGCAACAGUCGAUGCAGAAACUAUCACAAGACAUCAGGACUGCCAACUCCCAGAGGAAGACUCUGGAGAAAGAGGUGAAGGUUCGGACUGCAGCCAUGGACAGCUUCGACCAGAUGAACAACUCCCUUAUAUCUGCCAACAUUGACCUCCAGAAAUCUCUUCUAGAGAGCUGUCACAAUCGUGUGGACUCCCGGGAUGAGAUGAAGAGUCUGAGAAACUCCUUUCAACAGGCUGAGGAGAGGCUGAAGGAGAGGGAGAGGCAGCUGGAACUUGCCCAGGCUGAGAACCUCACACUCAAACUGAAGGUGGAAUCGUCUCAGGAGGCCAACAGCCAUGCAGUGCAGGAGGUGACAGCGAGGCUACAGAGACAGUAUGAGGAGAGACUUCAGGAGGAGCAGAGGAAACACAGAGAGGAGAUAGAGAAGCUACAGGCCCAAAUUGACGAGUAUAUUAGGCGAUUAGAGGAGGAAGAGAAGAAUGCUAAGAUUGCAGAGGCCAAGAUUGCUGAAAGGGACCAGAGGAUCAGUGAGGUGGAGCGCCUGCUGGACUGUAUGGGACAGGAAAGGGGCCAUCUUCAGAAUAAACUGCAGGAAUGUGAACAGCGUCUACGCUCGAUGGAGGUGACAUACAAAACAGAUGCAACUGUAGCAAAGAGUUCUCAAAAGUUGGAAGAGGAGGCAGGGGAGCUCCGUGAGAGAAUCAAACACCUGAAUGACAUGGUGUUCUGUCAGCAGAGGAAGGUCAAAGGCAUGAUAGAGGAGGUUGAAUCAUUACGAGCUAAAUUGGCACAGAAGGACAUGUUCAUCUCAGAGCUUCUGGACAGAAUUGCUAUUGUGGAGUGUGAGAAUAAUGAGUUAGAAGACAAGCUGAAGUAUUUUAUGUCUGUACAGAGUGUGCCAAGGGAAGUUGUGCAAACCAGAGAGAUAGGAGUGGCCUGUGAUCUGCUCCCAAGAACUGAAAUACAGGGGUAUGAGGUUGUAACUAACCAACCCAGACAAACCCCAAUCCGUCCCUCUUCUACAGAAUACCUAGGACAGUCUAGGACAUUCAGAUCAGGUCCACCGCCACCCAGCAGACUGGAGUCUAGUUUACUGAGGUACUCUCCUCCUGAGUACAGUAGGUAUCUGUCAACCAACUCAAGAUCCUUUGGAACACUAACCAGUCCAACGCUGUCUUCGACUGGCCCGCUAAGCCCUGAUCAGUCCAGUACAGAAGAGUCUGCCUCAGUUCAAAUCACAGAUACAGCCUCAAGUCCAGAGGUGGACAUUUCAGCCACAUCCUGUUCUCGAGCAAGAUCAAGCCCAUCCAAAAUCAACACACCUUUCAUGAAACUUAUAGAAAUAACAGCAAAGAUUAACAUUGAGUAAUCACAUGAAGAAAUAUUUUUUAUGAAGGCUAUUCAGUAUACUGCAUAAGGGACAAUGUUGCAUAUUGUGUAAAUAGUCUACUGUUCUGUAAAUAAUACUUGAAAGUAUCCUUUUGAAGAAUUAUGUUUUGUUUUGUUUACAGUGAAUGUUCUUGUGUGGUUUAUGGAAUUCUGAAUUCACUAUCAUGUAUGAAGGUUUAUAUUUAUACUGUAUCUUUUCUGACAUUUUUUAGUUUGCACUGUAUAAAUGAGAUGCAAUAUUAGUCAAAUUAUGUACAAAAUAUGUAAAAUAUAUAUACUUUGUGCCUUUAUUAACAGCUUAAUCAUUGAUACUCCACAACGGUGAUGAUAAUCGGUUGUUUUUUAUCUAUUGGAUAAUAUUUAACUAUAUCUGACAAACUGAAGAACUGUAUUUCUAAUGAUUGCCAUCCCUGAGCCACUGGUAUCAGUAAUUUGUCUACACUGCCAGGACUGUGUAUAUGAGAAGUUAUGAUAAUCAUGAUGUGCCUUUCUUGAAUGAUACUCAUUCCGUGCAUACUAAUAAAAUCAGUGUAUGUUUUGAAAAUGUG